UCCCCUUUAAUUUUCCAAAGUCACCCCUGGAUCCGCGGAGCCCUUUCUGCAACCCGCCUUGGCAGCAGAUUAAAGAAGCUGUCAUCCUUUAUCUCAGCCAUGUGACCCUCGCUAAAGGGAGAGUUCCGUACUCCCCCACCGGGGGGCGGGGGAUCCUGUGGGCCCCGCCUCCUGAACCACGGUCCGAACCUCUUCAAACGCACCCAGAGCCAACGGGGGAGCCCCCCGCCACAAGCCAGCCCGGUCCUGCGGCAGGUUAAGAGGCCCCCAGAGCUCUGCACAGACGGUCACUCGUGGUGGGGAGAGCUGGUUUGGUUGUCAUGGCGAUGAUGCAGUUGGCCUGGGCCCUCCGGGCCACUCCCGCGGUCGACAGGCUGUGGAGUUCCGGAGGCACCGCGGGCGCUCGGAGAAGGCUGAGCGGCAGCGUGCGGCGGUGGGCGGCGAGGGGUGCCAGCCCGGGGCGCCGGCUCAGCACGGCCUGGGCGCCCGCCCAGACAGCGCUAGAAGAGGCCGUGGGUGUUGAGGACGAUGCCCACUCACCUGCAGAUAACAAGCCAUUGUGGGCGACACCCCCCGCGCCCCCGGUGCCCCCCGAACCUCCCGGGCCCGCGGGCGGCCGCUCGCUGGUGCAGAGGGACAUCCAAGCCUUCCUGAACCAGUGCGGCGCCAGCCCCGGGGAGGCGCGCCACUGGCUCAUGCAGUUCCAGACCUCGCACCACCCUGCGGACAAGCCCUUCGCUGUUAUCGAGGUGGAGGAGGAGGUGCUCAAGUGCCAAGAGGGCGUGUCCAGCCUGGCCUUCGCCUUGGCCUUCCUGCAGCGCAUGGACAUGAAGCCCUUGGUGGUCCUGGGGCUGCCCACCCCCACGGCGCCCUCAGGCUGCCUUUCCUUCUGGGAGGCCAAGGCUCAGCUCGCCCAGAACUGCAAGGCGCUGGUGGACGAGCUGCGGCACAACGCCGCCACGGCGGUGCCCUUUUUCGGUGGCGGGUCGGUGCUAAGCGCCGCCGAGCCGGCCCCCCACGCCAGCUACGGGGGCGUCGUCUCCGUGGAGACCGACCUGCUGCAGUGGUGCCUGGAGUCGGGCAGCAUCCCCAUCCUUUGCCCCAUUGGGGAAACGGCUGCGCGCCGCUCCGUGCUCCUGGACUCGCUGGAGGUGACCGCCGCGCUGGCCAAGGAGCUGCAGCCCACCAAGAUCAUCUUCCUCAACAACAGGGGCGGCCUGCGCGACAGCAGCCACAAGGUCCUCAGUAACGUGAACCUGCCCGCCGAUCUGGACCUGGUGACCAGUGCCAAGUGGGUGAGCCCCAAGGAGCAGCAGCAGAUUCGGCUCAUCGUGGACGUGCUCAGCCGACUGCCGCACCACUCCUCGGCCGCCAUCACCGCGGCCGGCACGCUGCUCACCGAGCUCUUCAGCAACAAAGGGUCCGGGACCCUGUUCAAGAACGUCGAGCGGAUGCUGCGGGUGAGCAGCCUGGACAGCCUGGACCAGGGCCGCCUGGUGGACCUGGUCAACGCCAGCUUCGGCAAGAAGCUCCGAGACGACUACCUGGCCUCGCUGCGCCCGCGGCUACGCUCUGUCUACUUCUCUGAAAGGUAUAACGCCGCCGCCAUCCUGACCACAGAGCCGGUACUGGGGGGCACCCCGUAUCUGGACAAGUUCGUGGUGAGCUCCAGCCGCCAGGGGCAGGGCUCCGGCCAGAUGCUGUGGGAGUGCCUGCGGCGGGACCUGCGCACGCUCUUCUGGCGCUCCCGAGUGACGAACCCCAUCAACCCCUGGUACUUCAAGCACAGCGACGGCAGCUUCUCCAACAAGCAGUGGAUCUUCUUCUGGUUCGGCCUGGCCGACAUUCGAGACUCCUACGAGCUGGUCAACCACGCCAAGGGGCUGCCGGACUCCUUCUGCAAGCCGGCUUCCGACCCGGGCAGCUGACCCUGGCCACCAGUCCCGCAGGCCCUGGGGCAGCCGGGGUGGACCAAAAGCCACGUCCGCUGGAAGGGAGCCCGGGCAGCCACGAGCUGGACCUGGUCUGUUGGCUGAGUGCUCCGCAUGGAGGAAGCGGCCCCUACUCUCCUCUGCCCAGAGGCGGAGGGCAAAGUGGGAUGAGCUCAGGGAAGAGGGUCCACCCAAGACCCCCGCUUGCUCCAAAGCUGCGACCACAUGGCCUUCACCUUUCAGUCUAGGGAUCUGGGGUAGGGGGCAGGGGCGGGCUGGCCUUCAGGGGUUCUUCUGCUCAGGGCUCACCUGAAGAACAAGUCCGUUUCUGUGGCCUCUGUGCUGUGUUUUGAGGCUUGCUUGCCCCACUAUGACCCCUAUCCACCUGACAUUCCACCACUCGUUUUAAUCCCUUUAGGUCUUCCGACUUCUCAGGAGGCUUUGAUUAAAGUGCAAACUGCUGUCCGAGAGUUAGCUCACCCUUGAAAGGAGACAAGCAGCGGCCCUCUGGGAGCAAGCUCUCCGGGGCCAGAGAACCUGGGGACUCCCAGAGGGGACAGAAGGGGCCGAACCAUGGCCGCUGCGGCCUCAUUCGUUCCUCAGUGCAGCCCCCAGAGGGCUCCCCUGCUCCCGAGUUGGGAAACAUCCUCCAUUCCACACGCCAGAGCAAUUUCAGCAGCCCGGCUCCCUUUCAGGCAGGGCCCAGAACCAAGCCCAGACUUGGCCCGGUUCCCCUUGGGCCCCUGGAGGUUGUGUCUCCUUCUCCGUGGGGGCGGAGAGGCCGCAGCCCAAAGCUGGAGGUUUCACUGAACCCUUCUGACCCCUGUCACGUGCCGGGCCCCACACUGGCUGUCGGGGCUACUUCCUGCCAGGAGGUGCAUGGACCGGUGGGGAGAGGUUCAAUUAAUAAGCAGCUGCCACAACGCACCAGGGGCCGGGAAGGAACCAAACCCCAGGAGCUGCCUCUGUCUUCCCUCAGGAGAGGGGUGGGGUUCAGCACACCCCGGGCAGGGGCAUCGGGCGGACCUGACCUGGAAUCCAGCUCUCCGGCUGGCUCUGCCCUGCGGCUCGAGGCAAGCUGCUACCUUCCCCGAGUCUCCGUUUUCUCAUCUGUAAAACGUGAAACCCUUGGACACUCAACGUUAGUUCUCUCCCUCUAGUUGCCCUCUCCAAGGAUGUCAUCGAAAACAACUGACACCAAAAUUGGGGAGGGGAAAUAAGCUCCAAGAGGGAGUGAGGUGAGAGACCAAAACAAGGUACUCCGGGGAAGAUGAGGCGACCCUCGGAGAGAGAACCGGAGGACUGCGGGAACUCUCGGGGCAGGGGAAAGGCGGGCCUCGGUGGGGGUUAACCGGAUCCGGUCUUCCUAGAAACCCAAGAGCAAUCCCAGCCAAUGGCAGAGUGCCCUGUGAGGAGGAGAACAGAGAAGCAAAGCCAAAUGUCUGUAUAAAAUGUUUAUUUUUGGAA